GUAAACUGUGGGAGAUGAGUCACUGCAGGGAGUGAACGAGAGGGGGAGGAACAGAGAACUGUUUCUGUUCAGAGGAAGUGAAACUGAUCAAAAGUCACUGGCAAAAGCUGAAAUGGCGGAGCAAGAAAAUCCACUGGACAGAGAAAGAUUCUGCUGUUCGAUCUGUCUGGAACUAUUGAAGGAUCCGGUGACUACUGGCUGUGGACACAGCUACUGUCUGAGCUGUAUUAACACCCACUGGGACAAAGAGGAUGCGAGAGGAAGCUACAGUUGCCCUCAGUGUAGACAGACCUUCACACCGAGGCCUGUCCUGCUGAAAAGCACCAUGUUAGCUGAUUCACUGGAGGAGCUGAAGAAGACUGGACUCCAAGCUGCUCCUGCUGAUCACUGCUGUGCUGGACCUGAAGAUGUGGCCUGUGAUUUCUGCACUGGGAGAAAACUGAAAGCUCUCAAGUCCUGUUUGGUUUGUUUGGCCUCUUAUUGUGAAAAACACCUCCAGCCUCAUUUUCAGGCCCCUGCAUUUAAGAAGCACAAGCUGGUGGAGCCCUCAGAGAAGCUCCAGGAGAACAUCUGCUCUCGUCACAACGAGGUGAUGAAGAUGUUCUGCCGCACUGAUCAGCAGUGUAUCUGUUAUCUCUGCUCUGUGGAUGAACAUAAAGGCCAUGACACAGUGUCAGCUGCAGCAGAAAGGACUGAGAGGCAGAGAGAGCUCGGGCUGAGGAGACAAACAAUCCAGCAGAGAGUCCAGGACACAGAGAAAGACGUGAAGCUGCUUCAACAAGAGGAGAAGGCCAUCAAUGGCUCUGCUGAUAAAGUAGUGAAGGACAGUGAGAAGAUCUUCACUGAGCUGAUCCGUCUGCUGGAGAAGAGAAGCUCUGAUGUAAAGCAGCAGAUCAUAUCCCAGCAGCAGACUGAAGUGAGACGAGUCAGAGAGCUUCAGGAGAGACUGGAGCAGGAGAUCAUUGAGCUGAAGAGGAAAGACCAUGAACUGAAGCAGCUCUCAGACACAGAGGAUCACAACCAGUUUCUACACAACUACCCCUCACUGUCACCACUCAGUGGAUCUACACACUCCAGCAUCAGGAUCCGUCCUCUGAGGAACUUUGAGGACGUGACAGCAGCUGUUUCACAGGUCAGAGGUCGACUACAGGACAUUCUGAGUGAGACAGAGACAAAGAUUUUACAGAUUGUGUCUCAAUUGGAUGUUUUACUGUCACAACCAGAGCCAGAGACCAGAGCUGACUUCUUAAGAUAUCCACAGGAAAUCACACUGGAUCCAAACACAGCACACAAAGGUCUGUUAUUAUCUGAGGGAAACAGAAAAGUAACAUGGACGGGUAAACUACAGUCUUGUUCUGAUCACCCAGACAGGUUCACUGUUUGGGGUCAGGUCCUGAGUAGAGAGAGUCUGACUGGACGUUGUUACUGGGAGGUGGAGGUGGAGGUGAGAGGAGAAGUUGGUAUAGCAGUCACAUACAAGAAUAUCAGCAGAGCAGGAAACUCACAUGAAUGUGGAUUUGGAUUCAAUGAUAAAUCUUGGAUGUUAAAUUGUAAUGAAAACAGUUAUAACUUUUAUUAUAACAGAAUCAAGACUCCAGUGUCAGGUCCUGUGUCCUCCAGAGUAGGAGUGUACCUGGAUCACAGUGCAGGUGUUCUGUCCUUCUACAGAGUCUCUGACACCAUGACUCUCCUGCACAGAGUCCAGACCACAUUCACUCAGCCUCUCUAUGCUGGAGUUAGGGUUUGUUAUGAUGGAGACACAGCUGAGUUCUGUAAACUCAAAUAGACUCGAGUCAUUAAAAGCAGUGAUUUAGAUUCUGUGUGUAAAUCUUUAACUUCUUUUGUCUCCAUGUUUGUUGAUCAAAGUUUGUCGUGAUGACGUCUCUGCUCCGCACAGAGAUCAGCUGUCAAUCAAACACUGACCUUCCUUUAUCACACAUAUUUAGGUCUCACUUUGUAAAGACAGAAAAUUUAUAAUUACAGCGACCGUCACCAAGUUCGACCAAAACCCAAAUAUCGUAUCAAAAGUUUUGUCCGAACCCCCGGUAUCCACAAGUCACUCAUAACCAACAACCUGAGUCUCUUGUGCUAUGUAAUGUUUGUUUAUAGGAUUUCUGUUGUCCAGGUGUAAAAAAAGAAAAUAAAUAAAUACAUGACGAUAAAUUACAAAUGUGAGUGUAGCUGCACUUUCAUUGGAAUCAGUCUCAUCCACUAUCUGUUUGACGUGACUUCUCCUCACCUGUGAUACUUUCUCAUCUUAUAUGUCCUCAAGAAAUGACACAAAUCAAUAUUUUUCAAAUUGCAUCGCCCUCGUCCAUCUGGAAAAAAUUUUCUUAUGAUAUGAUAUUGUAUUCCAGGAGCACCGCGGGUAAUGUUAACAUCACCGCACCUAUUUCUCCUUGACAUAAAAAAAUACUAUCAUACCUCCAGGCUGCACAGACACGGGCCAGGUUAGUAAAUCUCUCAAAGCUGACAGUUUGAACUGUCACUUUGUUUAUUCUUGGAUGAUGCAAACACCUGGUUACAAACAUCUGGAUGAUCGAUGGGAUUCUAAAGCAACGUGAUACAAAUAUUGAAUCUUAAAAUAGAAGUUUUAAAUGGAAUUUGGUGUUACAGAGGGAGAAUCGAACCCUUUUCAUUGCCACUUCUCACCCUGAUCAUGUCUUAUUGCUCUUUGUAUCUUGGGUGUGAAACUGAUGAGAGUCGUAGCAUCAGUUGUCAGAGUUUGGCCAAGCCGGCUGGAGAGUGAUGCUCAGCUGUAGAUCAGUUAAAAAUUCUUAGAAGUCAUUAGAGACCUGUGUUUAUCUCCAGUAAUCAACAGGAAACCAUUAAAGCAUGAAGGACAUUUUGAAGUCCUUCAUGCUGUAAAGAAGUAAAUGGCACUUACUUAUAGCAAUUUGUAGUUUUGCUUUAUUUUUAAAGAAAUUGUACUUUCUUGAUUCUUGUUGUUCUGGGUUUGUACCCUCGGGGUUUAAUGCACUUGUUGUGAGUCGCUUUGGAUAAAGCGUCAGUUAAAUGAAAUGUAAUGUAAUGUAAUGUAAUGUAAUGUAAUGAAGUGGCAGCUCCCCUGGUUCAGGAAGCCCGGGAUCGUUCAUUUGUGUUCAGAAUAUUGACGGCUUUUGUUUUUUCUCUACAUAUAAAACCACUUAAUUGGUCGGACACAGAUCCCAACAGAAUUAAUCACAUCAUGUAAAUGUAGAGGGCGCUGUUGCUCAAUAAAAGUUGCAUUGUGUUGCUUUAACCUGGGAAUAAUAAAUCAGUAAAAACUCACCAAA